AAUUAAGCCCCGCCCCCUACUUGGCAGGUCGCUGUCAACACGGAACUGAGCUGAGCGCUGCUCCAUCGCUGUUGUAUACGUUCAUGUGAUAUAGACUCUCUCCGAGCACAUUUGCUUUCUUCCUGGCUGGUGUUUGUGUUGCCAUUCACAAUGUUCCGCUUGCGGGCAUUGUCUGCUGUAUGGGUUGGCGUGGCACACUUCUCCAGGCGCUACCACCAAAAUGGAACAGUUCGAGGAUCUGGCCGAAAGAGGAUAAUGGUGGCAGCUCUAGCCGGGGUAACUGGUGUUUCUGCAAGUGCUGGACUGCUCUGGAAAAGAGCGUAUGCUGAUGCAGGGCCGUCAGUGCGACACGCCGAGAUGCAAGAUGGAGAGGCGGAUUUUGUAAAGGAUUUGGAGUCUGAGUCAGAGAAAUCAGUCGAGGCCAGCAGUGGUGAUGACGAGGCUAAGAAUGAAAAUGGCGAAGGGAAAAAAAAGAAGCCACGCAUUGGAUUCCGUGACCGCAAGGUGAUGGAGUAUGAAAACAGAAUACGGGCUUACUCAACGCCAGACAAGAUUUUUCGCUACUUUGCCACAUUGAAGAUCAUCGGUGAGCAUGGAGACACUGAGGUCUACAUGACACCACAGGACUUCAUACGCUCUAUCACGCCAAAUGAGAAGCAGCCAGAGAAUCUUGGCCUUGAUCAGUUCAUUGUGAAACGCUAUGAUGGAAAGAAGAUAGCCCAGGAGAGGGAGAGGUUUGCAGAUGAAGACAGCAUUUUUUACUCCCUGGGAGAAUGUGGCCUCAUCUCUUUCUCCGACUACAUCUUCCUCACCACUGUGUUGUCCACUCCCCAGAGGAACUUUGAGAUUGCGUUCAAGAUGUUUGAUCUCAACGGUGACGGCGAAGUGGACCUGGAGGAGUUUGAACAGGUCCAGAGCAUUAUCCGCUCUCAGACGAGCAUGGGCAUGAGACACCGCGACCGCUCCACCACAGGAAACACUCUGAAGACAGCCGGCUGCAGCUCAGCACUCACCACAUACUUCUUUGGAGAAGACCUGAAGGGAAAACUCACCAUUGGCAGCUUCCUAGAGUUUCAGAGGAAGCUGCAGCAUGAUGUGCUUAAACUUGAGUUUGAGAGGAAUGAUCCAGUUGAUGGACGAAUCUCCGAGAGACAAUUUGGAGGUAUGCUGCUGGCCUACAGCGGUGUUCAGUCUCGUAAACUCAAGCAGAUGCAGAAGGGAUUGAAGAAGAUGUUUAAAGAUGCACAGGGCAUUACUUUUGAGGAAGUUGAGAAUUUCUUUACGUUCCUGAAGAAUGUCAAUGAUGUAGACACGGCGUUGAGCUUCUACCACAUGGCCGGAGCAUCCAUAGAUAAAGUUACCAUGAAACAGGUGGCCCGCACUGUAGCCAAGGUGGAGUUGUCGGAUCACGUGUGCGAUGUGGUCUUUGCUCUGUUCGACUGCGACGGGAACGGCGAGCUCAGUAAUAAGGAGUUCAUUGCCAUCAUGAAGCAGCGGCUCAUGCGUGGGCUGGAGAAACCCAAGGACAUGGGCUUCACUCGCCUUGUGCGCGCCAUGGUGAAGUGUGCUCAGGAUACUGCCUGGGACUUUGCAAUGCCAAAGACAUAAAGGGGCAGCAAAAGGUGACGUGUGAGUGGGAGUAAGAGCACCAUUAGAGACAUUUUUCUCCAACUGUUCUUACAAACGUAACCAACAAAUACAAUGGAAACUGCAGCGCUAUCGGCCAUGUUGGUGGUUUUCCAGGCCAACAGUAAACUUGAACCAUGCAUGAGGGCCCUUAAUUGUGUAUCAUUAAGGUGUCACACAAAUAUGUAUGAUAACAAUAUACAAGCAUAUAUUUAUGCCAAAGUACGACAUUCAACAGCAUGUGACCCUUUGUUAAAUGCUAAGAGCAGCUAGAAACUUUAACUAAUAUUCAAAAUGUUUCCCCUUUUGCGUUUCUAGAUAGCCUUAACUUCUUCUACCACUUGAAGGGUAACUGAUUUUUUUUUUUUUUUUUUUACUUUCAUUCUAAAUUGUGUAAGACAAAAACACACGUCUUUUUCUUUUCUAAAUCGUAAUAAACUGCUAGCUAAGGCGGCUAACAAUGCAGGUAAUAAGGAGUCAUCUAUUCCACCAAUAUAGCGCUCUAAAAAAACUUCAAUAUAGCAUGUAUGUAAUGUAGUAACAGCCACAUUCAUAACAUGUAAUAAUUACAGUAUUUUGCUCAUUUUAAACAUUACCGUAACUUCUUUUUUGAGCCUGAAUAUAAUGAGGAUAAACUACAAGUUUAAAAAGCUGAGUUAUAAGGAGGCUGUUUGUCACAUUUACACAGAUGUUGAGAGUAUUUUACACAGUAUAUCCCGCCCUCUUUACGGCUUCUAAGACGUAAUGGCGUAACUAUGUACGUAACACAUGCACGCACCUUAGCUUUGGGUGUUGUUAGCUGAUUAUAGCGAUUUGGAUAGUUAGUGUAGCUGGCAUUAAAUGUAUAUUCUAUCAUAACAACAUGACUGCAAAUUCUCUUGGACGUGCUCUUAGUGCGUAAGUGUUGAUGAGGCCGCUGUAAACACCAAUCAUUUAAUUUAUUCUAAACAAAUAUGUUCUGUUAAACCACUAAUGGUAACAUAUAAACUAGCCGGUGGUGUUCUUGCUAUAUUUUUUGCUUUGAAAAAUUUAACUGUGAGCAAGUUGCAAACAUCCCAUUUAGCAGUUUCAGCUUUAGUGAAACACUAAAGCAUCAUAUAUCAGUAUUGGUGAGUGCUAAACAAGAAAAACAAAACAUCAACAUAAUAAAACAGUGACUUACAAUGUUUACUCUCACUGGGAUACAGACUAAUGCGAUUGUUGUAUCUUUCAGCACCAGACAUGUGCUUCCCGUUUAGGAGAUUAAUUCAGCAUAGUCCUCAUUUCCCAGGUAAAAAAAAAAGGUGAACCAAACGAGCAUCUUGCCGUGUCUUUCUAGCGAUGUCUUGAAGUCCAGGUUAAAUUUCAAAGUUGACCAACUCAGGGUUGGUUCAGCAGCAACGGAGUAGCUGUGGUCAGGGCACUGUAUUACUAAAAGUAGUUCCUCAGCAUUGGCUCUUACAGGUGAAACUCCAAAAAUUAGAAUAUCAUGCAAAGGUUUGUUUAUUCCAGCAAUUACAUUUCCAAGGUGAAACUAAUUUGACGUAGGCUCCUAACAUGCAACUCAAGAUAUUAAGACUUCUUUUGAUAUCAUUUGGUGAUUCAGAAAAUGUGGAGUUUUCAAAAACUGUAACCCAUGAUCAUCAAAAAUAUGAGACAUUUUACUUUGUAUGUAAGGUGUUUAUUUCACCUAUUAGUUUCACGUUUGAGGUUGUAUUGCUUAAAUUAAUGGACUUUUACACAAUAUUCUAUUUUUUUAAGCUCCUGUAUAAUAGCAAUGUGGCUAUAGCUUGUUAAUAUGCGGGUCAUGGAGCACUGUUGGCGCUUUUGGGAUGUUUUUUAAAAGCGCUUUACAGGCAGAGUAGAUUAUUCCCAUUACCUGUAUUGUUAGCCACCUCUUGUUUUUUUUUAAUAUUUUGAAUACACAAAAAGGAAAGACCAAGUGUGUUCUUGUUUCACAUAAGGAUUGUGAAUGAUGGGCAAAACAUAUUUUAAAGUGCAGUUCCACUAUAAAGAUGUUCAUAUGGGAUGUCAUGUCACAAAAUGUUUAUUCUUCUGAUUACAUUGCUCACUGAAACACUUUAUACAAAGAAUGUUAUUCAAAUUAAAGGUUUGUGUUUGAUAACAAA